UUGCUUUCCUUGUAACUUGAUAUUAUGCACAUUUAUUUCUUCACUGGGAAUGUUUCUACCUUGGUUUGACUACCCCUCUUUCCUUCCCCAGACCAUUUCUGUGUGUCCAGUUUGUAUGAAGAAAUGACUACGCAAUACAGUAUUCUCUUCAAGCAAGAACAAGCACAUGACGAUGCCAUCUGGUCAGUGGCCUGGGGAAAGAAUAGAAACGAUGGCUCAGAAACAGUCAUCUCAGGCUCUUUGGAUGACAUGGUGAAAGUCUGGAAAUGGAACGGAGAGAAGCUGGAUCUCAAGUGGACGUUAGAAGGUCAUCAGCUGGGUGUAGUUUCGGUGGAUAUUAGUCACAUGGGUACCAUUGCUGCGUCAAGUUCUUUAGAUGCUCACAUUCGUAUUUGGGACUUAGACACUGGCAAACAGAUCAAGUCAAUAGAUGCUGGACCUGUGGAUGCCUGGUCACUCGCUUUUUCGCCUGACUCCCAAUAUGUUGCAACAGGAAGCCACAUAGGGAAAGUGAACAUUUUUGGUGUUGAGACUGGAAAAAAAGAAUAUUCCUUGGAUACAAGAGGCAAAUUCAUCCUGAGUAUUGCAUAUAGCCCGGAUGGAAAAUAUCUUGCCAGUGGAGCUAUAGAUGGAAUUAUCAAUAUCUUUGAUAUUGCGACUGGAAAACUUCUUCACACAUUGGAAGGGCACGCUAUGCCAAUCCGUUCCUUGACAUUCUCCCCAGACUCCCAGUUACUUGUCACAGCUUCAGAUGAUGGCUACAUCAAGAUUUAUGACGUGCAGCAUGCGAACCUGGCAGGCACCCUGAGCGGCCACGCAUCUUGGGUGCUAAAUGUAGCGUUUUGUCCUGAUGACACCCAUUUCGUUUCUAGUUCAUCGGACAAAACUGUGAAAGUGUGGGAUGUACCUUCUAAGACCUGUGCUCAUACCUUCUUUGAUCAUCAAGAUCAGGUCUGGGGAGUGCAAUACAAUGGAAAUGGUUCUAAAAUUGUAUCAGUUGGUGAUGAUCAAGAAAUCCAUAUUUAUGACUGUCCAAUUUAAAUGUACCUAAAUCAAUUUGGGUUCUUUUCAAAGCUUUCAAAAGGUGUCAAUUUUGACAAUUGUCUUAAAUUGUGUGCAUCAAGAAAACCUUUAGAUUUUGACAAAAGCAAAUAAUCAAUAUAUAUCUUAAGUUUGUAUGAAUUUUGCUAUUUAUGUUUAUAAAUGUAUUUGUUACUUUAAAUUACUUAAUUUGCCAA